AUGAUCCAAUUAUUCCAAAAGGCCUAUGGCAUUGAUACUAUCCUUCUUUACAUUGCUCGUGUUUUUGAGAAGGGUGGCCUUACUUCCUCCAACGAGAAACUCUUAUGGACUGGCAUAGUCGACAUUGUAAAGAUGAUAUGCAUCCUCCCGGCCACUUUGCUCCUUGACAAGCUCGGGCGACGGCAGUUGCUAUUGAGCAGCAUUGGUGGGAUGGUCGUGGCUCUUAUCACCCUUGGAAUAUGCCUUGUGAAGAUCGACCAAAUCGACACGAAGCAUAACAACUCAAAUGAUGAGAAGCAAAUGUGGAUGGAAAAUACUUGCAUCGCCUCAUUGUUACUUUAUGUGGCCUCCUUCUCUGUAGGGAUGGGGCCUGUCACUUCAGUUUUCAACUCAGAGGUAUUUCCACUUACGUUACGGGCACAGGGAUGCGCAAUCGCCUUUGCUGCGAACCAAGGGGUGAGUGCAUUGAUAUCUUUUAUAUUCUUAGCAUUGGAUAAGCCGAUCACCCUCAGUGGGGCUGCCUUCUCAUUUGCGGUGGUUGCAAUCAUAGCUUGGGUAUUCUUCUUCAUCACAAUACCGGAGACCAAAGGACUGACGCUGGAGGAGAUGGGCCAACUUUUUGGUGAAUGGAUCCAGCGGAGGUCUCCAGUAAGGGAGAUUGAAAUGCAGGGAACAACGGGGGGAAGCGAUCGAGGCAACCGCAACUAA